UUGUGUUUCUGUGUGCUCUGUGAUAAAGUCAAAGUUCACUUUGAACUAUACUGUGGUGUCUUAAGUUUAACACUUGUUACAUAGAACCUGAUUUUUACUCCUUCUAUUCCUUCUGUACAGCCUGCUGCAAAAAUGAGCACCUCAGAAGAUGUUUGGAGGAAAGAUCUGAAGAUGAUCCAUGGCUACCCCAUGGUCUAUGCUUUUGCUCUCGAUUGGGAAAAGAUUGAAAAAUUUCAGAGCAGAUCUGAUGACAUUGUAGUAACCACUUACCCUAAGUCAGGUACUACUUGGCUUAGUGAAAUUGUAGACAUGAUUCUCAAUGAUGGAAAUGUUGAAAAGUGUAAGCGAGAUUUUAUUACCUCUAAAGUUCCAAUGUUAGAACUGAGUAUUCCUGGAAUAAGAAUAUCAGGUCUUGAACUCUUGAAGAAAGCUCCGUCACCUCGGAUUAUAAAGACACAUCUUCCAAUUGAUCUGCUCCCUAAAUCUUUCUGGGAGAACAAGUGCAAGAUGAUUUACCUUGCUCGAAAUGGCAAGGAUGUUGCUAUCUCCUAUUACCAUUUUGAUCUAAUGAAUAAUGUUCAACCUUUCCCUGGCACCUGGGAAGAAUAUCUGGAGAAAUUCCUAGCUGGAAAUGUAGCCUAUGGUUCAUGGUUCGAUCACGUUAAAAAUUGGUGGGAAAAGAGGAAAGAACAUCCAUUUCUUUACUUAUACUAUGAAGACUUGAAACAGAACCCAAAGAAAGAAAUCAAGAAGGUUGCCAGCUUUCUAGACAAGACCUUGGACGAAGAGGCCUUGGACAGGAUAGUCCAUCACACCUCCUUCGAAAUGAUGAAAGAAAACCCCCUGGUCAAUUACACCCAUCUGCCCACAGCGAUGAUGGAUCACAGCAAGUCCCCUUUUAUGAGAAAAGGUGUUGUUGGUGACUGGAAAAAUUAUUUCACAAUGGCCCAAAAUGAGAAAUUUGAUGCUAUCUAUAAGAAGAAAAUGUCUGGAACAACACUUGAGUUCUGCACAGACAUUUAAAGUACCUGAUCUGAAGCUGGAAUAUAUGAUUUCUUGAAAUAGUAACUUGGGUGGGAAAUCCAAUGGAUCCAUGAGGAAGAAAUAAAUGUGCUUUUAAACACUGAUUAAA